AAAAAACAAGAUUGAUCAGUAAGUAUGACCCUGCUGUCAGUAAGGGGCAGAGCUGCUCUGGGGAGGUCAAGGCUGGAGCUGUACCCCACGUCCCUUCGGCUUCUUCCUCUCAUAAACUUCCAGGAGAGCAAUCACACUUGCUCUUGAGUCAGAAGCUCCGCUGAGAGGAAGGCUGCAAGAGCCACAGUCUGUACAAGGACUUUCAAGCCUCUGUACAUUGAGUGGUGGCUCUUCCUUGGCUCAGUGGGAUGUUCCAGUACUUGUUUUUCUGUAUUUACUUUGUCGUUCAGCUCCAGCCGGUGUCUUCGAUGGCCCUGGACCCCUGCUCCGCCUACAUCAGCCUGAACGAGCCCUGGCGGAACACGGACCACCGGAUCAACGGCUCCCACGGGCAGCCCACGUGCGACAGCGGCAUCGACGGCGAGUGGUACCGCUUCACGGGCAUGGCCGGCGACGCCAUGCCCACCUUCUGCAUCCCCGAGAACCACUGCGGCACCCACGCUCCCAUCUGGAUGAACGGCAGCCACCCGCGCCAGGCCGACGGCGUCGUCCGGCGCCAGGCCUGCGCCAGCUUCAGCGGCAACUGCUGCCUCUGGAACACCAGCAUCGAGGUCAAGGCCUGCCCGGGAGGCUACUACGUGUACCACCUCACCAAGCCCAGCGUCUGCUUCCACGCCUACUGCGGGCAUUUUUAUGACAUCUGUGAUGUGGUGGACUGCCAGGGCUCCUGCCUGGACACCGGUGACUGCACGUGUUCCCCGGGUACGACGCUGGGACCUGAUGGCCAGACGUGCCUUGAUGAAAAUGAGUGUGAGCAGAACAACGGAGGCUGCAGUGAGUUCUGUGUUAACCUGAAGAAUUCCUUCCGCUGCGAGUGCGGCGUUGGGCGCACGCUGGGAAGUGAUGGGAAAACCUGUGAAGAAAUUGAAGGCUGUCACAAUAACAACGGAGGCUGCAGCCACACCUGCAUUGAAGUGGAAGACACCUACCAGUGUGAAUGUCCCAGAGGACUUGUUCUGUCAGAAGACAACCACACUUGCCAAGUUCCAGUGCUGUGCAAGUCCAGCUCUAUUGAGGUGAACAUCCCAAAGGACCUGGUUGGAGGCCUGGACCUUUCCCUCAUCAACACUUCGUGCAAAGGCGUGUCCAAUGGCACUCAUGUCAACAUCCAUUUCUCCCUGAAGUCCUGUGGUACUGUUGUAGAUGUAAUAAAUGAUAAAAUCAUUGCCACCAACCUGGUGACUGGCUUGCCCAAGCAGACCCCGGGGAGCAAUGGGGACAUCAUUGUCCGCACCAGCAAGCUGCUGAUCCCGGUGACCUGCGAGUUCCCGCGCCGCUACACCAUCUCCGAGGGCUACGUGCCCAACCUCAAGAACUCUCCCUUGGAAAUCAUGAGCCGCAACCAGGGCAUCUUCCCCUUCACUCUGGAGAUCUUCAAGGACAAAGACUUUGAUGAGCCCUACAGGGGUGCUCUUCCCACCCUCAAGCUUCGGGACUCGCUGUACUUUGGGAUUGAGCCCUUGGUGCACGUCAGUGGACUGGAGACGCUGGUGGAGAGCUGCUUCGCCACUCCCACCUCAAAAAUUGAUGAGAUCCUGAAGUACUACCUGAUUCAGGAUGGCUGCGUUUCUGAUGAUUCCGUGAAGCAGUACACGUCAAAGGACCAUCUUGCCAAGCAUUUCCAGGUUCCUGUGUUCAAGUUUGUGGGCAAAGACAACAAGGAGGUGUUCCUGCACUGCCGCAUCCUCGUGUGCGGGGCGCUGGACGAGACCUCGCGCUGCGCCCAGGGCUGCCGGAGACGCGCGCGCAGGUCGGCCGAGCAACGGGAGGAGGAGCAGGAGGAGGAAUCCCUUCACAUGGCUAACCACGUCCUGACAGGAGGCCCCAUCAGAAUCGACUUUGAGGACUGACACCCACCCUCUGGAACAGCAUUCCUGGCCUCCCUUAUCACUGCCUUCUGUUGUUGUUCUUCUCUGUUGAGAAACGAGAGGUAUUUGUUAGAGCCCUGCUUGAACCUCAGGACUCAUUUCCUUAACUCUGUGGUGAUUAUUUGUGAAGUAUUCUGUGCACACAAGGCAGCCCUUGGAGUGUGACCCGGACUGCAGAACAGUUUGGUUUUGUCUGCAUUUCUUCCCGACAGCCCUUCAGCUGAAGGGACCCUGUUUCUUUGCAGGCCAGAAGUGUUACCCAACUUUGUCUUUCCCCACAUCCACCUACAGGCCCCAGGACUGUUUGUCCUUGACUAAACAAAUGUUAUCCAAGCCCUUCUUGCAUCAGACAGUACAAACAGUAUCGUAGCUGAGCGUGUUUGCUCUGCAACUCUGUGAGUGAUGCCGAAGCUUUCGGGUGACUGUCAAUAAAAAUGUGUAUAAAAUAUAUCUCAUCAUGUGUAAGUUCCUUGGAGCACUGCAAUUGUCAUUACAGGCAGCUUAAAGCUCACAUCUGUCACGGGUACAUUUAAAUGGGAUUUUAAAUAGCAAAAGAGAUUUGAUUUUUUUUUUAAGUGGCUUUUGAUAAUUGCAUGAAGUUUAAUAGAGUUUCCUCCUGUAUUUAGUGUAUCCUCCUCCCUCUUCUCCCACCACCAAAAAUGCCUUUCCUAGGUGCUAUGGCACCUUCAUUGUAAGAGAAACGCCAUUAAACAUCUCUAAACACCCCCCUCCCAUGCAUGCUGCUGCCAAGUGUUUGUUUGGAAGUUGUGAUGCAUUGCCCUGGUUAGAGAGGCCGUGGUUCCAACAAAGGAUUAGAGGAAUGCAGGUUAAUUAUUUAUAGCAGUCCAUGGCAAUGUGGGCAGUUCUCAGGACAGGG